AUGACCGAGCGACUAAAGUCCAUCGUUUCGCAGCUCUCGCCUUCUCAGAAUGGUCUGAGCGCAAUCACCACCAAGAACCCCGAUGAUAUUGUCAUCACGCUCGCAGUGCGGACGCCGCUCACAAAGGCACACAAAGGAGGCCUCAAGGACACGCCGCUUGAUGGCAUCCUUGUCAAGCUGCUGAAGCAGGUCGUCGCGAAGUCGAACCUGGACCCGGCGCUAGUUGAGGAUAUCUGCUUGGGCAACGUCUCAGACGCCAAAGCCGCAUACUACAUCCGCGCUGCCAUGCUCGGUGCCGGUUUCCCCAACACCACCGCCGGCUCCUCCGUAAACCGUUUCUGCAGCUCCGGUCUCAAGGCCGUGCAGGAUAUCGCCAAUCAGAUCGCCACCGGCUCCAUUGAGGUCGGUCUCGCCCUUGGUGCUGAGUCGAUGACUGUCGGCGGCGACCGCCUCGAGCGCCCCUUCUUCGACGAGAUCCUUGAGAAGCAGGAAGCGCGCGACUGCAUGCAGCCCAUGGGUCAGACGUCCGAGAACGUCGGAAACGACUUCAACAUCUCUCGCGAAAGGCAAGAUCGCUUUGCCGUGGAGUCAUACCGGAGAGCCGAGGUUGCGCAGAAGGCUGGCUGGUUUGACGAUGAGAUCGUUCCCAUACAGGUCAAGGUCAAGGACCCCAAGACUGGCGAGGAGAAGGAGGUCACUCUUACCAAAGACGAGGGUCCAAGGUACGGAACCACGUUCGAGGCUCUGCAGAAGAUCAAACCUGCGUUCCUGCCCCACGGCGACAAGUCGCAUGGCGGAAACUCGUCGCAGCUCACCGACGGCGCCGCCGCCGUGCUUCUCAUGAAGCGAUCAAAGGCUCAGGAGCUCGGCCAGCCCAUCCUCGCGAAAUUCGUUGGUGCUACGGUUGCUGGACUGGCGCCCCGCAUCAUGGGCAUUGGUCCCACCAUUGCUAUCCCAAAGCUGCUCACCAAGUUCAACCUCACACUGGAUGAUAUUGACCUCAUAGAGAUCAACGAGGCUUUCGCCUCUAUGGCAGUGUACUGCUUGGACACUCUGAAGAUUGACCACUCGAAGCUGAAUGUACGAGGUGGAGCCAUUGCGCUUGGUCACCCUCUAGGAUGCACAGGCGCGCGACAGAUUGCUACAGGUCUUAGCGAGUGCAGGAGACAAAAGAAGAAGAUCCUCCUGACAUCCAUGUGCAUAGGCACUGGUAUGGGUAUGGCCGGUCUGUUUGUCAACGAGCAGAAUGUGUAG